UGUCGUUAAACUGACACUGACAAGAAGAUUAAAAAUAUGUAAAAGUAAUCAUUUUCAAGUGUCUCCUGUGUAGAAGGAACUGACAGCAGCUCAGAGGUGGAGACAGAAGGAGGCGGGUCUGGCAGUUCAGGUUAAACCCGUAUGAAACAGAGCUAGAUUUACAUUUCAGAGAUUGUUGUGAUACUGACUCAUCUGCUUUGUCGUCCCUGUGGUGCGUUAAGAACCAACUCAGAGUUAAACAGCAGCCUGGUAAGCCUUGUUUCCAGUGAUGUUUCCACACCUGGAGUAGUCCUUUAUUACAGGUGCAUCCACUCAUUCUAUCCAGAACACCCUGAUGUCCUUUCUCCUUCCAUUCCUUCAGUUCCACAGGCCGUGCUCUGUCAUCUCCUCACUAUGGCUGAACCUGCUGAACUCAUGCUCAUCAAAGACCAGUAUGAGUCUGCCUUUCAUUCUCUGAGCCGUGGGCUGGCUGCUGAAGAGGCUGGCAAGAAAGAAGAAGCUCUUGUGUAUUUCAAGAAAGGUCAGGGGCACCUUACCCACGGACUGGAAGUUCCCACUGGGGGGGAAAGGCAGCGUGGACCGGUAUGGGACAAAGCCAGGCAGCUUCAGCAGCGGAUGAGGGACACUCUGCAGAAGGUCAACACCCACCUCACUGACCUGGAGACCCCUCAGCUGACCACAGGGAGCCAGAGGGACAGACUGUUGAUGCAUCUCACCCCUGAUCUGUAUCCAAACCUGGCAUCAAACAGUCAGCCUCCAAACAGCUCGCUCCAUCAUUUGUACCCCAGCAUACCUGCCACCCAGCAGGGCGCAACCCCAGCCCCAAAAACAGCCCCUCCCAGGCCUCCUUGUCCCGGCGCUUCAAAACACAGAACAGCAGCUGCAGCAACUAGUACAUCUACAGCCAUGGCUAAUCAAGGAGACCAGCCUCCAGCCUACACCCCACAGCCCACAGAUGGACACCGCAGCCUGGGUUAUGGUCCCGCUGGGGGAGGCCUGGGUUUAGAAAAACAAACAGGACAAAAUGGAAAAGAGCUGCUUUUCAUCCCUUCUGGGGUGCAGCUGUUUUUUGUGGCACCAAACGGACAGGUCAGCUCACUGUUUUAUCCAGGAUUUCUCCGCAUCAUUGCAUUUGACAACUGGGAAAAGAACUCAUCUGAUGAAAGACCCUCAGCCUUUUUACAUGUAUGUGACUGGCUGUACCCCCUGACACCAGAUACCCCAGUGCUUUUGGCCAACUCAGGGAUCUACAUGUUCCCUGACACUUUGACCGAGACACCGGGGUCCUUUGUGGGGAUAGUGCUGUCAUCUGAACUGCCUGCCACUGAUCGAGAGAUGUUUCAGGAUCUCCUGGUGCAGCUUGCUGACCUCAGAGUCCAGGCUCCAGAGGAUGCAGGAUCAGAGGUAAUCAACCUGAGCAAGAAAGUUCCUCUUGAUUCCCUGAGGGAGCAAACAGGUUCCACAGCUGUGACAAGGGAGAAGGAAAAGUUACUUCCUGGUUGGAGUGAAAAGAUGGCCGAUGGCAUUUUGUCAGGGGCAUCAUGGCUCAGUCAAGAGUUCGUAAAAGGUGCAGAGGCUACGAGUAGAGCCAUUCAUAAGUCAGGGUUCAAGAUCAGGGACCGUGUCACACCAGAGGAAACGCCGUCUGAGGUCAGCCCCCGUGUCACCAAAAGUCUGAACGCGGCUAAAACGGCCACUGGGGGUGCUGUUAAAGUCAGCCAGUUUUUGGUGAAUGGAGUAAGCACAGUGGCAGGACAUGUGGCAGAGAAAGUGGCACCUCAUGUGAAGAAACAUGGUGCUAAGCUGAUCCCAGAGUCUAUGAAGAAAAGUAAAGAUGGCCGAGCUUCCAACCUGCAAGGAGCCAAGCAUGUGGCAGUCAGCAGUGUACAUGGUUUCUCAACCGUCUGGUCUAGUCUGGAAACGGGGGCAAAGCUUGUUGGUAAAAGUGUUUCAGCAGAGACAGUCACAACUGUGAAGUACAAGUAUGGUGAGGACGCAGGGGAUGCCACAGACACUGCUAUAAAGUCACUGGUCAAUGUUGGUGUGACUGCGUACAAUAUUGACAACCUGGGCAUCAAGGCCAUACUGAAGACGACGGGGAAGCAGACAGCCAAAGAACUGGUCAAAAAACCAGAUGGAGAGACAGAGGAAAAUGAGAAGACAGAUCCACAGACUCAGACGGGAACUGAGGCUGAGGAUAAGAAGAAGAAAGAGGAAGAGGAGGAGAAAAAAUAGACUCCUACAACACAUGAAUGUUUCUUUCUUUAAGUGUUUGUGGAUGUUAUUUGCACAUUAUAAAAGAAGAGACAGUUACUGAAGAUUUCUCAAGGGUGUGCUGUGUAGGGGUAUUUUCCAGAAAUGGAGUCAGGUCAGUGGAGUCAAUCAAAACAAAUACCACUUGCAGCCACUGUAUGUUCUGUGGGUGUAUUAUAAAAGGCCCCUCACUCUCCUUUUCCAAGCAAAAAGGAGAGUCAGGUUAGGGGAUUUCAUUUGGUUGUCUGAAUUUUUACCACUACAUACCACUGAAUCCUUAACAGUGCACCUCUAAAUAUGUAUGUAUUAAUCAUGCAUGUAAAAAUAAGGCAGAAAGUUAUAUUAUAUCUUUACAAGUUGUCUAUUUAUAUAUCACUAAGAUGACUAAGCUAGUGUUGCUCACCUUACAUGAGUUUAUGUACCAAAAAUAGCAACACUCAUUUUGUAUGAAGGGAUGCAAUUUCUGAAACAAGUGUAUGAAUGUUGUACAUAAAAAGUUUAAAUCUUAUUUUUUAACAUGAUGGUCAUCUGUGUUACAUGCUCAGUAGUGUGAAUGACCCUUUAUUAAUUUGAAUUCAGUGGUUUUGUGUUGAUAUUGUAUUAAACACCUACAUUCA